AUGGCUGUUCUUCAAAAGGAAAUGCGUUUGUUUGGUAAAUGGCAGUCGGAUAACAUUAAUUUUUCCGAGUUCGGUUUGGUUGACCACAUCCAAAUCAAGGCUCAACAUCCGCUUCUCCCUCACACUGCGGGACGCUAUCAAGUUAAGCGAUUUCGCAAGUCUCUAUGCCCUAUAGUUGAGCGUGUCUGUAACUCGCUCAUGAUGCAUGGCCGCAACAAUGGGAAGAAGAUCAAGGCCCUUAAUAUUCUCAAGCAUACCUUUGAGAUCAUUCACAUUCUUACUAACGAGAAUCCCAUUCAGGUUCUCGUGAAUGCCAUUAUUAAUAGCGGAGCUCGUGAGGACUCUACUCGUAUCGGACGUGGUGGCACGGUGCGUCGUCAGGCUGUUGAUGUGUCUCCUCUGCGGCGCGUCAACCAGGCUAUUCACCUCUUAUGUACUGGUGCUAGGGAAGCUGCUUUUCGAAAUGUGAAGACCAUCUCUGAAUGCUUGGCUGACGAGCUUAUCAAUGCUUCCAAGGGCAGUUCGAACUCUUAUGCCAUUAAGAAGAAGGACGAACUGGAGCGUGUAGCUAAGUCAAACCGAUAA